AUGGACCGAUCCAAAGAAGUCAUCAUCCUCGGCGGUGGUGUUUCAGGCCUUGGAAUGGCCGUCCAACUGAAGCGUUUCCUUGGCCACGACAGGUUCACCAUCUACGAAAAAUCAGACAACGUUGGAGGGACUUGGUGGCAUAACCGGUACCCUGCAUGUGCCUGCGAUAUCCCCAGCCAUUUUUACUCGUACAGCUUCGCCAUCAAGCCCGACUGGACAACCACCUAUCCUGGCCGUGAUGAAUUGCACCAAUACUUCAUGUCUGUCGCUGAGAAAUACGACAUCAUCCCGCAUUGCCACUUCAACAAAAUGUGCUUGGACUUGACCUGGGACUCCUCGCGAUCGGUGUGGAUCUGUACGUUCCAGGAUACACUCAGCGGAGAGAUUCUAAAGCGCGAGGCCCCAGUGGUUGUCAGCGCAAUCGGAACUCUGGACCGGCCAUUUAUCCCCAAGAUUGAGGGCGCAGAGACUUUCCAGGGGAAGAUGUUCCAUAGCGCCCGUUGGGACGACAGUCUGACGCCCUAUUCCAAGAACAUUGUUGUUCUUGGAAACGGUGCGUCAGCUACGCAGUUUGUGCCGGAGAUGGUGAAGCGUGUCGGGCCCAAGGGGAGCGUCAAGCAGUUCGUCCGCAGCGCGCACUGGUGGACAAAGAGGGGAAACCCCAAAUAUUCAGAGCCCUUCAAGGCGGUCAUGAAAUACGUCCCCUUCGCCGCUCGCAUCUACCGCAUAUGCCUGGCAUGGCAGCUAGAGAGUGUCUUCUACUCCUUCUACAUGACCUCGAAGGGGGCAGCCAUGCGCCAGAAGAUCCGAGACACCACCCACGCCUACAUUGAGAACGACGCUCCACCGCAGUACCGUGAGAUCCUCAAGCCAAACUACGAGCCCGGGUGCAAGCGUCGCGUCAACACAGCAACAUAUCUUGCCUGUCUGCAUUCGCCGCAGAUGCUCCUCACCAGGGACAACGUUGUGAAGAUCGGAGAAGACUACAUCGUGACAAACACCGGAGCCCAAUACCCGGCCGACGCGAUUAUCUUCGCCACGGGCUUCCUCACUCAGCGCUGGCUGUAUCCGAUUAACGUCAAGGGCAUUGGCGGCAAGGACCUGCACCAAGCGUGGGACGCCAGCGGGGGAGCCGAAGCAUAUAGAGGAACUGUUGUCACCGACUUCCCCAACUUCUUCAUCCUCUACGGCCCCAAUGCCGGCACGGGCCAGCAUUCAGUCAUUUUUCACUCCGAGUGCCAGAUCAACUACACCUGCCGUCUGCUGCGCCCCGUCCUAGGCAGGAAUGGUAAUGCCGAUAGCAUCAUGGUGAAGCCAAGCGCACAGCAGCGAGACCUGGAAUGGGUGCAUAGGAAGCUAAAGGACUUGGUUUUUGAUAGUGGCUGCCAAAGCUGGUGGAUGGAUCCUGUUACCAGGAAGAAUACCUUUAUCUACCCGGACCCGAUGUAUAAGUACUGGCUGCGUACAAUCUUCCCUCGCUGGGGCGAUUUCCAGAUCAAGAGAAGUGAGCCCUCGGGAAGUGAUCUCCGGAAGGUGGUUUUUGGGGUGGCCUUGUCAAUGGGGUUGUUGGCGAGCUGUGCCGCAGCGUUUCUAUGGGAUAGAGGAUUGUGGCUCGGGUUUCGAGUUGGGGAUGGAGGGCUAUAG